AUGAACCUCGACAAGCUCAGCCAUUUCGAGACUUCUCCUUCUGGCAGUCACCGCAUCGGCCUCUACCCUUUCCGAGACUCUGAGCCCUCACUGCAUCCACUGAAAGCACAUGGUCUUUCGUCCACUCCUUCAGAACACGAUUGGGUCUCUCCUUUUACCCUCCCCCCGUUACCGACCCUACGGCGCGACCGCGAUCCGUUAGAGUACCGCCAAUCGCCAGACAAUCUUCGGCAUCGAGACGGGAGUGGUGCCUACUACGCCGCUGCUUGGGGUUCACCGUAUGCUACUCCAAGUCCGCGAAGAACGCCUCAGCCUUUCGACUCCGCAAAUCAGCGCCUGAAUAUUGAAGCAAUAGCCCCUUUCGCGAGCUCAAUUGGCCGAUCCACCAUCACCUCCGCCCCUGGUAACGACGUCGACAGCCUCGAGUCGCACAUUCGAAACCGUCUGUACAGGAGAACUCGUCUAGGUUCGAGAAAAGAGCUACGAAAUCCUCGAUCCGAAAGACCCAAUUGGCUGAGUGACUCUGAAGACAGCGGAUCCGAGACAGGUGCGGAAGAGGGGGACAACACGCCCACCCGCAUUGCAUACCUCGACAGCUGGGGAGCGUCUCCUGUUGAGACCGUGAAGAACCGAUCCCCCGUAAGACACAGAAGCAGCGAAAGCCUUGCUACCAUUACCCCAGAUACGUUCCAUGAUUCCGGGAGGCUGUCAAUAGCGCCAGAACGCGUUCGCAUGCGGCUUUCGCCGUCUGGGCAGCAUAAUAUGGCUGAGCACGAUUCCGAGAACGCCCAGGCAGCGGAAAAGCCGCUCCCAGUUUUACCUCGCCAAACAUCCCAACUGGAGGAUGACGAGAAGGCUCCCGAGAGCCCAACCUUAGCGGUUCGCCCACGGCCCAUGUCGAUGCAAUCAUAUCAACGCCCUAAGAAAAAAGUCAUCUGGAAAGGCAAGGCCUGUAUUAUAGCCUUGCCUCUCACAGAUCGGGAGGCCGUCGGGCUACCUCCUCUGCUCACGCCGCAACAGGUCAAAGAACGAAUAGAUGGAUGGAUUGCGGCCGGGUAUUCGGUGGAUGGCUUUGGGCUGACUGAUAUGAAUGCUGGGGCUUCGGGAGAGAGCAGUGGCCAGAGCCGUCCCGUGUACCCUGACAAUUCAGAGAUGCACGCAGAGCGCAAGUUACGGGAGUUUCAAGUCCAUAUACCCAAUCAGGCAGAAUGGGAAUCAUGGGUCAACUACCUUAAGGAGGAAAAACUUCGCGCAUUGGGGGUCAGUCCAAGUAACUCUGAAGCUGCGCCAUCGACGCGAUCGCCCUUCUCUCCCGCGUUGAGCCGCAUCUCAUCCGGCUAUCCAGCACUUGCGACGUCGCCUCCCGUUGCCCCUUCUUCAUCAGCAAGCAACCCCCUCAGAGCUGCAAGUAAUCCUUUCUCGCCAUCGAUAAUGUCGUCUGCUGGGAUCAGUCCUCAGCCUGGAUCUCUCGCGACCUCGCAGUUUAACGGACCGCCGAAGAACUUGCACGGAUACAAGCCCUCGAUUGCACAAUCGAAUUUUCACGGACGAAUCCCAUCCCCACUGGAAGCCACCCUAUCUCAUUCAAACUCUUUCGGCAACGGCGCACGACCAAAUAUUCAACGCCUCUCCUCCCGACAAAACAGCUUCUCCCCAAAUCAUCCGUUGCUUCUUCCAAAUAUGGGAGAAGUUUUGUCCCAACAACAGGCCAUGCAUAUGCGCAAGGCAACUGCAAACUUUGCCAGCGAACAAGGGCGUCCGAAUCAGAUGCAACAGAGAGGAUAUUUACCCUUUCCGCAGAAUGCCAAUCAACCUACACCGAGCCCUACUUUGCCACAGCGAAUGGAGAGUCUGGUGCACACACCCCACUAUAGCGAUUCCUCUCGGACUCCCAUUGAAAUCGCACAUCCUACUCCAAAGAGCCACCGGCAUAACCUUAGCAUAGCCCUACAAAGAGAGAUCGAUGAAGCUGAAGCAGCUUUGCACGAAAAAGGUGACGGCCUGCAUCCUGAAGGCGCGGACCAUAUCGACUUGUCUUCAAGAAAGGACUCGGCUCUAGACGAAUCUGUGAACGAAGAGCCUCCAAUCCUGAGACGGCCUGAGACGAUAAUAACAGCAGAUGAGAAAUCAGAGAUUGAGACAAAUCCAAGCAUAGCCGCCACACCCAUGUUGAUGGACGACAAGAACCCAUUUGUGAAUUGGCAAGCACUGAGCGAUGCGGCGAAAGCAGAACCUAAGCCCGCUUCUGAGGCUGCUCCGCCAGCUUCCAAAUUUAACGUGGAGGCCAAAGAAUUCGAUCCGCGAGCGGGCUUCUCGAGCUCCAAUUUCUCAUUUGCUGGACCCAGUUCCAUACCGUUCGGCCUGCCGCCACCGAAGCCACCGCCACCGAAGCCAGCGCCACCUGUCGAGAGGGCUGCAGCGAGGAACCGAUUUUCCUUAUCGCAUCUUAACGCCGACGCCCCUGCCUUCACUCCAUCAUUCAUGGCGCAACCGGCACCGAAGGUCACCCCGUUCACAUUCAGCUCUGCAACAUUCAACCUAGAAGCCCCAGUGUUUAACCCUUCUCAGUCACCUGGUGCCAAUUUGAAAGAUAGUGUGGCCUCCGCUAGUGAAGGACCACCUGACAAUGCGAGCAGUAUAUUUGGCAAUGUUGUCAUAGACCCGGGCUCCAAGGCCGUAAGAAGAGCCAGCAAGGGAGUACCAAUUGUCGGUCCGAAGUCGAAGGACGUUCAAGAGGAGGAUACGAAUUUGAUAGAUGAUAAAGGUCGACCAAUGGGUCCUAUAGACCGACAAAAAAGAGCACGAAGGAAUGACGGUGACGGCGAUCGAAGCUCCGUCUUUGCAGAUUCGACACCGUUCCAUCACAGAAGGAUUCUAUCGGAGAUAGUGGAUGAUGUCGAUGCGAAUGGGCCUACUCCAGAAGGUCCGAAGAAACAUUUCGACGGCUGGGCUUAUAUACCUGCAGACGAGACGCAGCUGACCGACAACGCGGAGGUAAUCAACGCCCAAGAAGGGAACGAUGAUGCUGGCGGACCAGAUUCGGCCUUUACUUUCUCGAAUCAGAGCGACGCCGCUAUGCUCAGCGAAGCUCGACCGCCUCUUGAGGGCGAUCAGUUGAAGUCUGAGCAGACGAUCGAGCCAGAGUCUUCAGACAACCUUAAGAAGGAGGUAGAAACUUCAGUGAAACCAACAGCUCUGCCAGGCGAGCCCAGUCGAAAGCAGAAGUCUUCUCUUUCGGCGCUAGCUAAGCCUUUCGAGUUCAACCCAAGACUCUCGAGGUCGUUGGCCUCCUCAUCAUUCGCUGUGCCGCAGAAAUCUCAAGGGCUGGAAGAUUCCAAAUAUGCAGACACAUCAAGUCCGCCGUCUGAGCUUAAGGCUGCUCUUUCUUCACCACCCACAGAUCUACCACAUUACGUAGAAAAGGACCACGAAUCAGUCAACGACUUGGAUGAUACUGUCGAAGUCUUCGAAGAGAAGAGCACCGAGGACGAGGCUGUCGAGGUCAUGGAAGAGAAAUCUGCCGGCAACGAAUCUGAGCCGCCUCGACAGCGAAAAUAUUUCCUGGAACCAACGAAGGAGUUUGAUACAGAGCCUGACGCAGAACCAGAUCGGUUUGACCUGCCGGGAACCUCAUUGCGACGCCAAGAUCAACCUGUGCCAUCCUUUGAAGAAAUCGAUGCUGUCAUGAAACACCUUGAAGUCCAUCCGGAGCUUGGUGUGGAGCGCAAUGACACACCCGUUCAGUCUACGCCGCUUGUUGACAUGCGCAUGGGAGGCCACUUCCGAAGCGACGCUCCAAGCCCCAGCCCUGCCAGACCCCAUGACGCCAAAGCUGCUCAGAGCGACACCUCAUAUCCACCAUCGUACGGAUUGGGCAUUGGCGUGCACAACCUGAAUUCGGGCAGAGACGAUGUCAGCGACUGGGGUGACGCGUUAUCCGCCCCAGAGGCGGCCAAACUUCAGCUUCGUUCGCAAUUCUUUGACGGUCACGUCAAUGAUUUGGUGGAUGGGCUGCUUGAGAACCGUCUUGGACCUCUUGAGCGCACAUUGCAGACCAUUCAACACUCCCUCGCAUUGAUGGCAACGCAGCAGAACCUAAAGAAUGAUCGCCGGAGUAUGUCAGCCGGCCAAAAGGAUUCGGACGCUGAUGAUGAGGAUGAGUACGAUGCCUUUGAAGGUUUCUCAUCUUACAGAACCCGAUCGCCGAAGGCUAAAAGAGGUGAGCGGAAACAAGACCUGAUCCGAGCAGCUGUUGCCGAAGCACUAGUUGCACAUCAACCACCUCUCCCGCCACAGCCUUCGAUCGAUUUGACCGAGUUCAACGCCGUCCUGCAGGAGAUGAGAGAAUUGGCUCAGCAACACGGCUCUCAGAACACUCAAAACGAACUGAAGACAAUCAUGGAAGAUGUCAUUUCUCAUCAUCCCAGACUCCGAGGUUCAAGGGUGCAGCAGGAACAUGAAAACGUUGAGAUGAAAUACAAACCCCAGAUUGAUGGCCUUGAGACGAUGCUGAAGAUCUCUCAGGAGCACGCUGCCGAGGAAGCUCGCCUCAGACGGACGGCGGAAGAGGAAAUAAAUGAGCUGAAAUUACGACUACACAUUGCCGAGGAGGAGGCCGCACAAUUCCGAGAAUCUUCUGAAGAAGCUCAGCACACAUUGGAGGCCUUCGUCGAGGAAAAGGACUCGUAUAAACAUCUUGAGCGUGAGCUGGAAGGCAUGACUCUCAAGAAUACAGCCCUCGAGCAUACGCUUGAAGAAUAUCGUGUCUCAAGUGAUCAGUGGCGAGAAGACAUCCGCACUGAACGUGCCAGUAAUAAAGAGCUUAAGCGCACCUUGCAAGAACUUCAUCAACAACUCGUAGACCAGACACAGUCUCGACAAAAUCUUCGAACCAAAGUUGAGCGUCUGCAGUCUCAAAUCACGCAGGUUGUGCAAGACCUGCACGCUGAACAGGAAGAUUGGCGAAACAAAGAACACGGUCUGCAGAGUAAACUUGCCGUCCUUCAAGAUGCGCUUGAGCAAGAGCGACGGCACCGUGAGAAGGCAGAACUGGAAUUGGACACCCUGGACAAGGAACACAAGGCUAAUCUCCACUUCAAGACUGUUCUGGACCAGGCUCAAUCGGAUGUUUCACGACUUAACGAGCUGGUUGCGACACUUCAGGAAGAGAACAGGGCUCUGGAUAACAAAGCUUUCAACCUCGGUCGAGAAUUGGAUUAUGUUAAGAACAGCAAGGAUGCAGAGCUUGCGACAUCCACGGCCAGGUUGCAGGCCGAAUUGGAAAGUGCCUUGACUAAACUUGAAAGCAUACAGGCUGACUCCAAUGCUCAAAUUUCACGACUACAAGGCCGUCUAGAUCAUGCAGAAUUAGAUCUCGAAGAACAAAAGGCAAGGCAUGACGCACUCCUUGCCGAAACUAUUGAAGCACACAAAGAGGCUCUUCGAGAAGCUUCUGAAAAGAAAGAAACUGCACUGGAGGACCAACAUCAAGUUCAUGAGAAAAAGCUUAACGAACUACGCGAUCGCCACACAAGGGAACUGCACAAUUCGUUCGACACCCGAACGAGACUGGAGCAUCAGUUCAAGGAGCGGCUCGGCUUGAGCGAGGACAAAGUGAAACACCUUGAAAGUAAGGUUGUGGAUCUAGAAGAGAGGUUGGAGAUCACGAAAUCUGCUGCGAGAGCUGCCGUGGAAGCUGCGACUGCCAAAGGGGCAAACCUGCCCACUCCAGCCCCUUCAGUUGUGGCAUCGCCACCACAACGUGCGGCAACCGCUUCUAUGUCGUUCGUCAAGGGAUCGGAUGUGCCCGAGAGGAUCUCCCCGCAAGCCCUUCGGGAGUCAAUCAUGGUACUGCAAGAUCAACUACAGAAUCGGGAGCAGAAGAUAGAACAACUGGAGUCUGAGCUUGCCGCUGCGGAUAAGGAUGCUCCCAACAAGCUCAAGGAGCGCGACACCGAAAUCAGUUGGCUUCGUGAACUGUUGAGUGUAAGGAUCGAUGACCUCGAGGACAUUAUCAAUACUGUUUCAAAAGCCGACUUCGAUCGAGACACUGUUAGAGACGCUGCGAUUAGGCUCAAGGCGAACCUGCAAAUGGAACAGCAACUGAAAGAGCGGGGUUCAGCAGGCGGGUUGACCAGUUCCUUCCCGUCAAUUUCGAGCCUGUCAAGCUAUGCUCAAUCACCCCGUGCGCUUCCAAUGGCGGCGGCUGCUGCUUGGGGCAAUUGGCGAAGAGCUCGUGAGAGCUCAAUUGGCGCCAUAUCCGAGCUGGCCACAAAUCUAGGAAGUCAGACACCCUCAAAAUCUACCAUCGGUAGUCCCGCAAGCUUCUUGUCCGGAAUCAUUACACCGCCAGGUACCGGUCAAAAGACGCCAGGCUCGAGUGAAACAGCGAUCCCACCACCGCCAAGCAUGAGAAACGCAGCCGCAGUCCAGGUGCAAGCUCGCAAAUCCGGCGGACCGGAAGCUCGGCCAUUGAGGGCAUACAGUUCGCAGCCCCGGACACUGUCAAAUAGGCAGGCAGAUAAACGCCCUGAGAGUUUACAGUUAGGGUCCAACUCUUCACCAGCUUCACAGCUGAAGAUUGAUCCACCACAGACUCCAGUUCAAGCCAAGGAUGACGCGAACCUAGAUCUUAUGGAAGAUGUGGAUGACGAUGCCUCACCGCUAGAAGGCAAGACUACCCAGCAUCUCGAAGAGGCAGAGCCGCUCGCUGAAUGA